AUGAUUGAGCACGAACGACAGACUGCUAUCUUGGCACUGGACUGGGGAAGCAGCGCCAUUCGUGGCAGUAUUCUAACCCGAGACACUCGUCAGAAGUAUCUCAUUUUCACUGAAGAUGCUUUGCCUGGGCAUGAUCAACGCUAUCAAAAAGGCGCUUUCAGUUCGGCACUCUAUCUCGAUGGCAUUGGAAGGGUCUAUACGGGCGAAGACAUCGACCAGGAUAGGGAACCGGUGCCGUCAAAGCCCUUCUUCUCCACAUCUCCAAAGACCGGAGAUGAUGCUACUGAUGCCUUGUUUCAGGGCUCGCAAGCGGAAGAAACUUGGUACCUUGUCAAAGAGGGCAUGAAUGAUAUCACUAGAACAGUGAUUGAGCGAGUUGAGAGCUUUUGUAAUGGCAACAACGACUCUGACUCGCGCACCUAUUUCUACAUCGAAGAGAUCGGGCUGUCAUACCCUGCUCAUUGGAGACUAGGAGAACGAACCGAGUAUGAGAAUCUUUUGAGAAAGAACAUCCCCCCCAAUUCGACUUGGAUCAAACCGAAUUUCGAAGUCAGCUUUCACGUUGAAAGCCUUGCAUCGGCCCAUAAAUUGUUUGCGACUGAACGGCUCGUCGAUGAGAUCUUUGUGUCACCACAGAUCCCAGUUCUUGUCGUCUUUUUGGACUUCGGGGGUCACACGAUGAACGGGUGCAUGUUCAGUGCACAGAAGAGCACCGACGGUAAACUCAGCUACCACCGAAUGGGUCAAACAUUUUCGACUUUUGGCGGUACUCAAUGGUGGGAGCAGGAGGUUAAUAAGUUCAUGAAGUCGUACGUGGAGAAGACUACUAAGCGCGCUUUACCACCUCGACUACGAUCAGAACUUCUCGAAUCAUUCCAGCGAAAAAUCGUGAAUUUCAAAGGAUGCGAGGUCGAGCCGAUGUACUUCACCUGUCCGAACCCUGACGACGAGCAACAAAUUUGCAGCGUGAACAUUUCGCUAAAUGAAUCCAAGAGCUGUUUUUUGAGGGCCAUGGGAGAGCCUCUGAAUCUUGCUGAAAGGAAGAUCGCUGAAGCAGUGUCUCUCAGCGCCCAUGUCAAAGUUGUUCUGUCAGGGGGCAGUGGGAAGAACUCUGCUGUCCAAGCUCGGCUCAACUUGGCCUGCCGGCGGUACGGAUUAUCGGAGCCAUCCACGAUGUACACACCAAAGGACGAUUCAUGGAACAUUUACCGAGGGGCAGCACUUGCGACAGCGAACACCAUGUCUGUACGAGAGUCAAUUGCAAAGGGCGCCGCGUUUGGAUUCCAACGGGGAAGUCUACCCAAAGGGCCGAAGGAAUCUGGGGGCUUGUGGGAAGAAGAGAUUGAGGUCUCAUUGGACCUAACUGGACCGAGUCCCUGGAAAAGGUGGUUCAGUGGUAAAUCUAGAGUCAGGAUUAUUUGCGACCCUUUUCUACAGGUUCCUGACAGGAAGAAGUAUCUCCGUCUUGCAUCCUGUUGCGAUGUCAUCGAACUUCCCCAGCCUCACAAGGGGUAUUGGCUAUUCGAGCUCGAGUUUGAAGGCGUAGGUGAUGAACGAUCCCUUGUCAUUAAAAGACAUUACAUGGGUCAUGGCGGAAAAAGAAUCAUCCGAAGCAUGCCUACUUUGAGUUUACCAUUGUACUACGACUCGUCCUACUGCUGCUGUCUCAUUGACACGGAGGUAGACGACGAAGGCUUCGGUCUCUUGGUAACGAAAGAGGGGAAUAUUGUGGCCUGCCCAGAGAGGCCUGCACAGAACCAUCUUGAGCGCGUGGAGCCACCUGAUUCUGAGGAGAUUGACAAUCCUCGGAAGCGCAAGCGAGUAGUACUACCAAAACACAGUGCAGCUAGUGCCAAGCUGCGAGGCGUCGGUUCCAAACCAUCCGGUCAUCUUCCGGAGCUCAAGCCAGCCGACCGCUUGCCAAACCCCAGAAUAGUGUCAGGUGCUACUCAUUUCAAGAGGUCUGCAGUUGGGCUUCGCACUGUUAGUCAAGUCCGUGGAAUGGAAGAGGUGUCAAGCAGCGGAAGCGAUUCUAUCAUAGCGGUGGCGCAUGAUACUGGCUUCGUCCAGCAUGCUUUUUCUUCUGGGAGACGUGCGAUGAAACAGGCUAUUUGGAGCGACACCUCUAAUUCGGACUCUGAGGCUUAA